AUGUACUACGUUGGGUUAGAUUCUGAUACAAAAUUUAAUUUACCAGGGUUCUGGCCAGAUCCAGCUACUUUAAACCAAAUCCCUAAGGAGCCACAUGAAAUUCAAGCGGAGAUCGCAAGAAUUAGACGAGCAAGAGCAGAAAAGAGAAAGAGAUUGGAAGCCAAGGCAAGGGAGUUAGGUAUCGACGAAGAAGUUAAUUAG